AUUUUCGGUUUUCACUAGUGGUGUUGUGGCUAUUGUCUCCUCUCUCUUAUAGCAGCCGACGAUUCACCGACGAGGAAGAGAUGCCGCCACUUGCAUCCAAGCGCCAUAAGGCCUCACCUUCCUUGCAACCCUCGGAGGUUUCUUCCGACUCCGGGAGCGACUCUGACCUCCACUUGCAUGACCACUCCGACCCCGAGGAGGAUGACAGCUUCUUCUCCGCAAGGAGCAUCGCCGGUGACGACGAAGACGAACAAGAUUCCGACGAGGAGGAGGAUGAAAGCCAGGAUGAGGAGGAAGAUGAUGAUGGUGAGAUGGGGGAGCUCAAGCAGGAGUAUCAAGUCCUCCAGGCCGAUCAACAAAGCAUUCUUCAGACUUUGAAGCAGCACCGAGACGACGACAUCGUGAGAGGCCAGGCAAAAUCAAAAGUCUCUAUGGGACAAGACCUGGAGAUGAAGUUCUUGCUGCAAAAGGCGUUUUCCACUUCGAACAAGCUUCCCAAGGAUCCCACCAAGUCAAGAUUCUGCGGUCACGGUCAGGAGAUAGAGGAAGCAUAUGUUGAGCUGCUGGAUUCAUCGAAACAGACCCUCGGUUCCAUGCUGGAGCUGCAGGAGGCUUUACUGGAGAGGAACCAGUCUGCAAAGGGUCCAAACGAUAAGGUACCUUGAAUGUAGAAAAUGACGAGUAGCUGAAAGUGCAGAAAGUGCAGAAAGUGCAGACAAGGUAACCAUUUGCAAUAAUAGAAACUGUCAGAAGGUACUGUGGGAUAUAUUCUUCAAUAUGCUGCAGUGUCUUGCAUAGCAGCAGAUCAUUUGUUAGUCAGCACUAUGCAAUUAUGCACUUGUAUGCUUACCACAUCAUUGAAUUUGUUGUGCUUUAAUAUUGAUCAUCUAAACUCUUCCCUAGUUUUUUAAUAUAGUAAUUUCUUAAAUGUCUUUGAGCUGGCAAAUUGUUUGUUUGGCUGUCAGUAUUUUUUUCGAGAAAACGCAAUGGACCUUUGCGUUUCAUUUCAUUGAAAAGGUAGAAUUUGAUUUACAAUCCUCCUAAGAGGUGGGUUACAACCAGAGGGAAAUUAACUUAAUGCACAUCCCAGGUGGGUGGCAAGACUAGUCUGAGCCCUUUCGCGCCAGCUCUUGCCCAAAGUCGGGCUUCAUCCUUGAUCAUGGAGACCAGGGAGUGGACAGAGGGCUGGUUACCCUGGAAUAUGCAGUCAUUUCGAUGUUUCCAAAUCAUCCAAGGGGUGAGUAGCGCGGCAGAGGCGAGUCCUUUGUGAAGCAGUUUGGGAGUCUGCUGUUUGGCCUGCAACCACCGGUCCAUGAGGGUGUCCUCACCAUUAGGUGCUCUUGCUGUCAUCCUGAGCCAAGCAAGCACUUCAUGCCAGACAAUCUUAGUGAAAGGGCAUUCGAGCAUCAGGUGGCGCAUUGUUUCAGGUGCCUGGUCGCAGAGAGGGCAUUGUGUGUGAUGUUGCAGGCCGUGUCUUGCGAGGCGUUCCGUGGUCCAGCACCUGUCCAAAUUUGCUAGCCAGUGGAAGAAUUUGACACAUGGUGGCGCCCAUGUUUUCCAGAUUAGUUUCCAGGAGUGGCAAGUGACCGAUCCAUGGAAGGUUGCCAGGUACUCAGAAUGGGCAGAGUAGCUGCCAUCAUUAGUCCACUUCCAAAGCAAUUGGUCUGGCU